UAUAAUAUGCGCGUCUCCAUCUUUGUGGCAAACCCUAGCGAGUUAUCAACCGAGCCGCUCUCCGAAAGCAUAAUCGAACCUAGUCACAGAUUAUAAAAAAAAAUGUCGACAGUGGGAGAGCUUGCUUGCAGCUACGCAGUUAUGAUCCUCGAGGACGAGGGUAUUUCUAUCACGUCCGACAAGAUCGCUACUUUGGUCAAAGCAGCUGGCGUUGAGAUUGAGUCAUACUGGCCAAUGCUAUUCGCCAAGAUGGCUGAGAAACGUAACGUCACUGACCUCAUCAUUAACGUUGGUGCUGGUGGUGGAGGCGGUGGCCCUGUUGCUGCUGCUGCUGCUCCAGCUGCCGGUGGUGGUGCCGCGGCUGCUGCACCUGCCGCUGAGGAGAAGAAGAAGGAGGAAGUGGCGGAAGAGAGUGAUGGUGAUUUGGGUUUCGGCUUGUUCGACUAAGCAGCGUAGUUUGGUUUUUCAUCAAUUUGAGACCAUUAUUUUGUUGCAUCAUCCGAGUUUGUAUUCUGCUGUAUUAACUUAUGUCUAUCCAGUCGGCUCUGUCUUUUGUUAAAAUGGAUUUUGUUCUUCCUUCUUUGACUCGAUUCAAGUUAUUUAGAUCUAGAAGA